AUGAGUCGUUGUUACAAAUCUCCAGCACCAAUUCCGUUUACACGUGCCCAUGAGACACAUCCAACGUUCUGCUUCAAGGCUCUCUCAUCCCCGCCCCUCUCCAGCCGUUCAGUAUGUAAAGAUGAAGGCUAUCAAAAGUUUUUGACUUUGGCAGUAAUCAGUAAAUCAGAGGUCGAUGCUUUUACUCAGCAGCCUUUAAAUACAAUGAGUGAAGGAGAUGCCAUUUCCCUCAGUAAUGCUUCUCUGCAGUUGACCCACCGAGAUUCUCUUAAUGUUGAAAGCAGCAGUACAGCUUCAGAGAUCUCUCAGGAUGAAAUACAGAAUGCGAGGAGGAAAGGGAAUCCUGGCUGUAGACUCUACAAAGGAGAUCAUCUUUUUGAGCCAGAGUUGGAAAAUUUGAUAUACAAUUUUGAAGACUCUUCACAGAAAGUCUUGACACAAUUAUGUGAUACAAGAACAUGCCUUAGCAACAAGGACUCUCUGUAUGUAGCAGACUGGAAGGAAUCCUCAGAUAAUGAAAGAAUAUUCUUCCCCAGGGAGGAAUCAUUAUCCAAAGAAGAAUCAACACAACACAGCAAAAUGCUGGAUUGGUCAAAGGAAAGCUCCAUUACUGGAAAAGACUUAAUUAAAAAAGCAUCAUGGGAAACUGAGAAUGAGGAAGUUUCACUGGCAAAAGAAUUGUUACCUCUGGAAGAUGAUCCAUUUGUGAUAAUGGGGGAGUCAUUGCUGGAGUGCAUUGUUAAGGAAUCCCCCAUAAAAGAAGUGUCCUAUUUUCUCACUCGACCCACAGGCUCUUUAAUUAAGAAAAAUCCGUGUUUUGUUACUGAAGAAUUAUCUUUCAGAGAGGACAACUUUAACUUGACUGGCAAAGCAGCCAGUCAUGAAGAAAAUAUGACAGCCACUGAACAACAUGUUGACUGUGCAGAGAAUUUGAAGGAUAUUUCUCCAGUCUCUUUGGAUGAAAACAUUGAAUAUAUUCGAGCUCUGAUGAAAUCAAAUAGACUCAUGAAAGAAAAUAUCAAGAGCAACUUAUCACAUUGUUGCAACAAAGAGGAAAGUGUUGGCGGCAGCCUUCUGUCUGAGUCUGUUGUGGUUGUCCCCCAGGGAGCAUGUAUAUCUGAGAAGUCUUUAUUCCAGUCUUCUGAGAAGUCACUCAACGGCCAAGAAGAAUGCAAGCAAGGGGACAGAGGAAUUCUCCCAUCUUAUAGUACAAGAAGUCUCUGCCUGAGUCCCUAUGAAGCAUCCUUCAAUAUGUAUGAGACAAAAAACUCAGCGCUUGGCCCAGAGAAAUGGCUAUUUCAGGUGGGGGAUGUGGACUUGAAUGAGGUAAUCAAGGGAUUAGAACAGGACCAGCAAAUGCAGCAAAACCAAAUCAUGGAUCUUCAGUAUGAUAAUAUUUUUUUGGAGAAGAAGAUUAAAGAAAUAGAGAAGCUGCUGCUUGAAGAGGGGAGUAUGGAUUUGGAUGAGGUCAUGAAGAAAGUAGAACAGGACCAGAAGAAACAGCAUACCCAAAUCAUGGAUCUUUACUAUGAUAACAUUUCUCUGGAGACUAAGAUUAAACAGCUAGAGGUGGAAAUUGUCCAGCAGCAGCAUUUUAUAGACACCAUAAAGAAGCUGAAGAAGAACAUCGAAGAUCUAAUUGAAGCAAAGGACAAGAUCACUGUGGAGAAGACUGAGACUGACAGCUGCCUGAAGAAUGUGCAGGAGGCUUUAUCCAGUGCCAGGGACCAUCUUGAGGAAGCUGGGGCUGAAAGAAAAGCCCUUCUGCUGCAGCUGGAAAAACUUAAAACUGAUUAUAGUCUCCUUCAGGAAAAGCAUGAGGCAGAGAUGGAGCAGAAGACCAAAUCUACGACCCAGUGCUUACAGAUGGAUCAGACGAUACGCAGGAAAGAGCAAGAAAUACAAGAGCUGCGGCAUCUUAAACAAAAACUGGAUCAUGAGGUCAAGACUGCCACUUCCACCUUGCACAGACUUAGGGAAGAAAAGGAGAAUGCAGAGAAACAACUCCUGUCCCUUCAGGCAGAACUUCAGAGACAGAAAGACGACUGGCUGGCAGAAAGGCAGCAGUUGGAGUCCAGAUAUAACAAGCUGGUUGCUCAGAUUAAAAUCUUGCAAACAGAAUCUGAAAACGAGCGGGCUGAGACAGAGAAAAUGCAACAACGGAUCAGUGCAUUCAAAAUAGAGAACCAAGAGCUUCAGCAACAGGUAGCGAAAGACAGAGAGCAAAAUCGUUUUCUCCAGCUUGAAACUGACAGGUGGAAAGAACAGUAUGACAAAAUCAGGGAGUCACAAAUAGUAAAGGAGCAGAUGCAGUAUCAAAUGAUCCAGAGGCUCGGACAUAAAAUUGGCAUACAGAAGGAAGAACUAAGGAAGAAAGAAGAAGAAAUAGAGUGGAAGAUGCACAUUCUGAGGAGGUUUCUUCUGGAUAUGAAGUCGAUGCAUUCUGAUUUAAUCCAGAAAAACCUCCACAGCGAAGAAGACCAUUUCAGUUCUCCAUAUGUGCAGCGAGCAUCCCAGCUUCUAUCUAAAAUUCGCAGCCUUCUGUCCCUCACAGAGGGACUACUUACCUGCCAGGACAUGGAUUCUACCAUCGAAUAUUCCAAGAAGAGUGAAAUUAUUACUGAAUUGGGAGAAAAAAUGAAGAACGUCACCCUUAAAAAGAAAACCUUGGAGAAAGAGGAUGCAGGUGCUGGUCAAGAGGAAACUGGGAGUGGCACAGAACUGCUUGAUUUGCUGAGAACAAAACUGGGUGAAUACCAUAAGCAAAGUGAUGACCUCCAUUGCCAGAUUACAAAACUGGAAAACCAUCUGGCGCUAAAGGAAGAAGAAUGUAAGAGACUCACAGGAGAAAAUGAGAAGCUUCAAGGAGAUUUGGGUAGCUUGACAUGCAAGGUAACAUCAUAUGAGGAAAUUAUUGAAUGUGCUGACCAAAGGCUUGAGAUAGCAAGUUCCCAGAUAUCAUAUUUAGAGAAAAGAAACAAGCAUCUGGAAGACUUAAUAAAGAAGUUCAGAAUGAAAGCCAGAAAGCUGAGGCAAAGAUGUUGGUCUGCUUUUCCAAAAGCCACGACUGAGGGUCAAGAUGUUCAAAAAUCAAAUGGAAACAAUGUAGAUUCUAAAGAACAGAAGAUGAAAUAUUCUCUCUAUCACUGUCAGAGCAGUAAAUUGCAUGUGUUCAAGUGA